CGUAUAAAAGCGCCGGACAGCGGGUGGAUAUCACACACUCACUGAUCUACUCUCCCAGCAGUCGGAGGAACUACAAGCCGCAGAGAUGAACGCCAAGCUUGCGCUGCUGUGUCUGGCUGCCCUGGUGGCUGUUGUCUCUGCUAGCGGACACGGAUACGGAUACGGAUACUCCGGAUACCGCUCCGCCCCUACCCACUACGGUGGAUAUCGGCGUGCUGGAUACGGCUACGGCAGCUACGGCGGCUACGGCAGCUACGCCCCCCGUAGCUACGGCUACCACGGCCGCCACCGCCGCUCUCUGGGCUACAACUCCUACGGAUACGGAUACGCUCCACGCAGCUACGGAUACGGACACACCGGAUACGGAUACGCUCCCCGUAGCUACGGAUACGCCUCUCGCUCGUACGGAUACGCACCCCGGUCUUACGGAUAUGGUUACCGCUCUGGGUACUACCACUAAAUGUCAUAUCACCAAAUGUUCCUUUUCACAGCAAGUGCUUCAUGCUAUGGUGUGAUCAACCUCUCGCUCAAUAAACGAAAUUGAUCUUUAA